AUGAUUGCCCAUGUCCGCUAUUCCGGCGAGGACGAGAGUGCUCCCGAAAUCAAGAAGCUACUCCUCGCAGUCGCUGAAGACGAAGACAACUUUGAAAAAUGGGAAGCUUUGGUUACCUUCUGUGAAGGCCUCGAGGGUGGCAUCACGCGCAACUCCAGCCCAUCGGCCAUCGACAUCGUCCGCAACGUAUUCGACUGCUUCCUCGCGAAAUAUCCUCUAUUCUUCGGGUAUUGGAAGAAAUAUGCCGACCUCGAAUUCGGCAUUGGUGGCACGGAGACGGCGGAAAUGGUUUACGAGCGCGGUGUGUCAAGCGUGCCAACCUCUGUCGACCUUUGGACCGGCUAUUGCGCCUUCAAGCAGGAUACAUGCCAUGAUAUUGACAUCGUUCGAGAACUUUUUGAACGCGGCGCACACUUCGUCGGACUAGACUUCCAGUGCCACCCUUUCUGGGACAAGUACAUCGAGUUCGAGAAGCGAAUUGAUCACCCGGAAAACGUGACAAAGAUUUUAGAGCGGAUCAUUCACAUUCCCAUGUACCAUUUCUCUCGGAAUUUCGAGAAAUUUCGUGGUGAGAUCAGCGUUCGACCAUUAGAAGAGCUCGCCGCACCUGAUCUACUCCAAGAGAUGAAGAACUUGGUCUUGGUGGAGAGUCAGGGCGAGCCCGAGAAAUCUGCUAUUGAAAUGGAUCGACUGCUUCGUGCCAAACUAGACCAGUACUAUCUGGAGGCAUACAAUCGCACCCAUACCGAGACCAUGAAGCGUUGGAACUUCGAACAAAACAUCAAACGAGCAUAUUUUCAUGUAACCGAGCUUGAGGAUGCCGAGCUCGUCAACUGGCGGAAAUACCUCGACUUCGAAGAAGCCGAGGGGAACUUCGUUCGCACCAUGUUCCUGUAUGAACGUUGCCUGGUGGUGUGUGCCCUCUACGAUGAAUUCUGGCUUCGUUAUGCCCGUUGGAUGUUCUCCCAAGGCAAGGAAGAAGAUACUCGGAUAAUCUACAUGAGGGCAAGCACCAUCUUUGUUCCAAUUGCCCGCCCAACCGUUCGCCUUCAUUGGGCCCGUUUUGAAGAAAAGAAGGGUAGACUUGAUGUUGCCGCUGAUAUCCACCUCGCCAUCUUGGAUCAGAGUCCAGAUCACGUAGAGACCAUAAUCUCUCUGGCCGGCCUAAAGCGGCGUCAGGAAGGCAUCGAUGCUGCUAUUCAACUCCUAGACCAGUACAGAAACGAGCGCGAUGUCUACACAGGAGGCCGUUUGGCUGCGGAACAAGCACGCAUCAUUUGGAAGUGCAAAGGCUCUCCCACUGAAGCUCGAGACCUCUUCCAGGCUUGGCAUGAGAGGUAUCUUGAUUCCAGGGCCUUCUGGAUCAAGUAUCUUCGGUUCGAGAUGGAUCAGGAUGGUUCUAAGGAGUCGGAAGCAGAGACACUUGCUCGCAUCAAGAAUGUACACAGCAUGAUGCGCGAGAAGGGCCGCUUCUCGCCAUCUACAAUGAGGGACCUCUCACACCUCUAUAUGGAGUACCUGCUUGAGCAUGGAGGCAAAGACGCCGCCGAGGAGUACAUGGAGCUUGAUAAAGAAGUAAACGGGUAUGUAUCAUCUGUUGCAGAUGUCCCUCCCCUCCCGUUCCUCACUCCUCCCCCUUCAGAGCAACCUUACUACACAGACAACUCGCGUGAAUUUGGCAAUGCCUAG